AUGGCAAAGUGGAGGAAGGCUGGGGGCGCCGCCGAGGAGCCGAGCCCGCCGAGCCGGGCGCUCUAUUUCAGCGGGCGCGGCGAGCAGCUGCGCCUCCGGGCCGACCUCGAGCUGCCCCGGGACGCGUUCACGCUCCAAGUGUGGCUGCGAGCGGAGGGCGGCCAGAGGUCUCCGGCGGUGAUCACAGGGCUAUAUGACAAAUGUUCUUAUACCUCGCGUGACCGAGGAUGGGUCGUGGGCAUUCACACCGUCAGUGACCAAGGCAACAGAGACCCACGCUACUUUUUCUCCUUGAAGACAGACCGGGCCCGGCAGGUGACCACCAUCCACGCGCAUCGCAGCUAUCUCCCAGGCCAGUGGGUGUACCUCGCAGCCACCUACGAUGGGCGGCUGAUGAAGCUGUAUGUGAACGGCGCCCAGGUGGCAACAUCCGGGGAGCAAGUGGGUGGCAUCUUCAGCCCCCUCACCCAGAAGUGCAAAGUGCUCAUGCUGGGGGGCAGCGCGCAGAACCACAACUACCGGGGCUACAUCGAGCACUUCAGCCUCUGGAAGGUGGCCAGGACUCAGCGAGAGAUCCUGUCGGACAUGGAGACCCACGGCCUCCACACCCCUCUACCUCAGCUCCUCCUCCAGGAGAACUGGGACAAUGUGAAGCGCACCUGGUCCCCCAUGAAGGAUGGUAGCAGCCCCCAGGUGGAACCCAGCAGUGCCCACGGCCUGCUGCUGGACACGAGUCUGGAGCCACCUCUGUGCGGGCAGACCCUGUGUGAUAACAAGGAGAUCAUCGCCAGCUACAACGAGCUGCCCCGCUUCCGCCAGCCCAAGGUGGUGCGUUACCGGGUGGUCAACCUGCGGGACGAUGCCCGGGACCACCCAACCGUGAGCCGCCAGCAGAUUGACUUCCAGCACCGGCAGCUGGCUGAGGCCUUCAAGCACUACAACAUCUCCUGGGAGUUGGACGUGCUGGAGGUGAGCAACUCCUCCCUGCGCCACCGCCUCAUCCUGGCCAACUGUGAUAUCAGCAAGAUCGGGGACGAGAACUGCGACCCUGAGUGCAACCACACGCUGACCGGCCACGACGGCGGGGAUUGCCGCCACCUGCGCUACCCGGCCUUCGUGAAGAAGCAGCACAACGGGGUGUGUGACAUGGACUGCAACUAUGAGCGAUUCAACUUCGACGGCGGUGAGUGCUGUGACCCCGACAUCACUGAUGUCACCAAGACGUGCUUUGAUCCUGACUCUCCACACAGAGCCUACUUGGAUGUUAAUGAACUGAAGAAUAUUCUUAGGUUGGAUGGAUCAACACACCUCAAUAUCUUCUUUGCAAAUUCCUCUGAAGAAGAGUUGGCAGGAGUAGCCACUUGGCCGUGGGACAAGGAGGCCCUAAUGCACUUAGGUGGCAUUGUCUUGAACCCAUCUUUCUAUGGCAUUCCUGGGCACACCCACACCAUGAUCCACGAGAUCGGACACAGUCUGGGCCUUUACCACAUCUUCCGAGGCAUCUCAGAAAUUCAGUCCUGCAGUGACCCCUGCAUGGAGACAGAGCCCUCCUUUGAGACCGGAGACCUCUGUCGUGACACUAACCCAGCUCCGAAACACAAGUUCUGCGGGGACCCUGGGCCAGGGAAUGACACCUGUGGAUUUCAUAGCUUCUUCAACACUCCUUACAACAACUUCAUGAGCUAUGCAGAUGACGACUGUACUGACUCCUUCACGCCCAAUCAAGUUGCCAGAAUGCACUGUUACCUGGACCUAGUGUACCAGAGCUGGCAGCCUUCCAGGAAGCCAGCGCCUGUCGCCCUGGCCCCCCAGAUCGUGGGCCACACAGCGGACUCAGUGACAAUUGAGUGGUUUCCGCCCAUCGAUGGCCACUUCUUUGAAAGAGAAUUGGGAUCAGCAUGUGACCUGUGCCUGGAAGGGAGAAUCCUCGUGCAGUAUGCCUUCAAUGCCUCCUCUCCUAUGCCUUGUGGCCCAUCAGGACACUGGAGCCCACGGGAAGCAGAAGGUCACCCAGAUGUUGAACAACCAUGUAAAUCCAGUGUCCGCACCUGGAGCCCAAAUUCAGCUGUCAACCCACAUACGGUUCCUCCAGCUUGCCCUGAGCCACAAGGCUGCUACCUUGAACUGGAAUUUCGCUACCCAUUGGUCCCUGAGUCUCUGACCAUAUGGGUGACCUUUGUCUCCUCUGACUGGGACUCUAGCGGGGCUGUCAAUGAUAUCAAACUCUUGACCGUCAAUGGGAAGAACAUCUCCCUGGGCCCUCAGAACGUCUUCUGUGAUAUCCCACUGACCAUCAAACUCUUGGAUGUAGAUGAGGAGGUUUAUGGGAUCCAAAUCUACACACUGGAUGAACACCUGGAGAUUGAUGCGGCCAUGCUCACCUCCACCGCAGACAGUCCACACUGCCUUGCGUGUAAGCCUCUGCAGUAUAAAGUGACCCGGGACCCACCACUGAAGAUGGAUGUGGCCUCUUCCAUACACCUCAGUAGAAGAUUUGUGGACAUGGAUAUAAAUCUUGGCAGUGUGUACCAGUACUGGGUCGUCACCAUUUCUGGAAAUGAGGAGAGCGAACCAUCACCUGCUGCCAUGUAUACCCAUGGAAGUGGAUACUGUGGUGAUGGAAUUAUCCAGAAAGACCAAGGUGAAGAAUGUGAUGACAUGAAUAAGUUCAAUGGCGAUGGUUGUUCCCUGUUCUGCCAACAGGAAGUUUCGUUCAAUUGCGUUGAUGAACCCAGCCAGUGCUAUUUCCAUGAUGGUGAUGGAGUAUGUGAGGAAUUUGAACAAAAAACUAGCAUUAAGGACUGCGGUGUCUACACACCCCAGGGAUUCCUGGAUCAAUGGGCGUCAAAUGCUUCGGUAUCUCAUCAAGACCAACAAUGUCCAGGCUGGGUCAUCAUUGGCCAGCCAGCAUCAUCCCAGGUGUGUCGAACUAAGGUGAUAGAUCUCAGCGAAGGCAUUUCCCAGCAUGCAUGGUACCCUUGCACUAUCAGUUACCCAUACUCCCAGCUGGCUCAGACCACGUUCUGGAUCCGGGCAUAUUUUUCUCAUCCAAUGGUUGCUGCAGCUGUCAUUGUCCACCUGGUGACUGAUGGGACAUAUUAUGGGGACCAAAAACAGGAGACUAUCAGUAUCCAGCUGCUUGAUACCAAAGACCAAACCCAUGACCUAGGCUUCCAUGUUCUGAGCUGCAGGAACAAUCCCCUGAUUAUCCCUGUGGUCCAUGACCUCAGCCAGCCCUUCUACCACAGCCAAGCGGUGCGUGUGAGCUUCAGCUCGCCCCUGGUCGCCAUCUCGGGGGUGGCCCUCCGCUCCUUCGACAACUUUGACCCUGUCACCCUGAGCAGCUGCCAGAGAGGGGAGACCUACAGCCCUGCUGAACAGAGCUGUGUCCACUUAGCCUGUGAGGCCACCGACUGCCCAGAGCUGACUGUGGAUAAUGCUUCCCUCAACUGCUCCAGCAGUGACCGCUACCACGGGGUCCAGUGUUCUGUGAGCUGCCGGACGGGCUACGUGCUCCAGAUCCAGCGGGAUGAUGAGCUGAUCAAGAGCCAGACAGGACAUAGCGUCACGGUGACCUGCACUGAGGGCAAGUGGAACAAGCAGGUGGCGUGCGAGCCAGUGGACUGUGGCAUGCCUGACCAGCACCACGUGUACGCAGCCUCCUUUACCUGCCUCCAAGGGACCACAUUUGGAAGCACGUGCUCCUUCCAGUGUCGUCACCCUGCGCAGUUGAAAGGCAACAACAGCUUCUUGACCUGCAUGGAGGAUGGUCUGUGGUCCUUCCCAGAGGCUCUGUGUGAGCUCAUGUGCCUGGCUCCACCCCCAGUGGAGAACGCAGACCUCCAGACAGCCAGAUGCCGGGAUAACAAGCACAAGGUGGGCUCUUUCUGCAAGUACAAGUGCAAACCUGGGUUCCACGUCCGUGGCGCUUCUCGGAAGUCAAAAAAACGGGCUUUCAAGAUACAGUGCACCCAGGAUGGCAGCUGGCAAGAGGGGAAAUGUGACCCUGUGACCUGUGACCCACCUCCAGCCAAGUUCUUAGGAAUCUACAGCUGCACUAAUGGCCACUCCUUCAACAGCCAGUGUACAAUCAAGUGUGAAGACAGUGAUGCCUCCCAGGGACUUGGGAGCAACACCAUCUACUGCCGGAAAGAUGGCACCUGGAGCGGUUCCUUCCAUAUGUGCAAGGAGAUCCAAGGCCACUGUCCUGCGCCAAGCAAACUCAACAGCAACGUCAAAAUGCAGUGCCCUGAAGGCUAUGCCAUAGGUUCAGAGUGUGUUGCCUCAUGCCUGGACCACAACAGCGAGUCUGUCUACCUGCCAUCGAACAUGACUUCUCGCGAAGUACCCCACUGGAUGAAUCCCAGUCGCAUGGAUAGAAUUGUAUGCACUGCUGGCCUUGACUGGUAUCCUCUUCCUGAUCGGAUUCACUGUCUCAAAGGCUGUGAGCCUUUCAUGGGAGACAAUUACUGUGAUGCCAUCAACAACCGGGCCUUCUGCAACUAUGAUGGUGGGGAUUGCUGCACCUCCACAGUGAAGACCAAAAAGGUCACUCCCUUCCCUAUGUCCUGUGACCUCCAGGGUGACUGUGCUUGUCGGGACCCCCAGGCCCAAGAACUCAGCACCCAGAAAGACCUGCGGGGACACAGCCAUGGCUAA